UGUUAUUGGAAUCCAUCCAGAUGCUGUUUCUGUUUCUUUGUAUUGUCUGCUGGUAUGACGUCACUGCAAAAAGGAUAUUUUGAUAUAAACAAUGUAUUAUAAAUUUCCACCAUUAUUCACCAUAGAUAUUCAAUUUCAAUGGCGAAGAGUGAAGAAGUGAAGCUUAUUGGAAAAUGGUCAAGUCCUUAUGUGAUAAGGGUGAAGAUUGCUCUUAACAUCAAAUCACUUGAUUAUGAAAACUUUGAAGAGCAUGAAACCUUUAACCCCAAAAGUGAUCUUCUUCUUCAAUCCAAUCCUGUUUAUGGCAAAGUCCCUGUUCUCAUUCACCAAGACAAACCCAUCUGUGAGUCUCUCAUCAUUGUUGAAUAUAUUGAUGAAACUUGGUCAACUGCUCCUUCUAUUCUCCCGUCUGAUGCCUAUGAUAGAGCUCUUGCUCGAUUCUGGGCUGCUUAUAUAGAUCAAAAGUGGUUUCCUUGUAUGCAAAGCAUAAUUACUGUUGAAGAAGAGGAGGAAAGGAAGCCAUAUUUUGAGGUGAUGGAAGAAGUGGUUGAGAGGAUGGAGGAAGCUUUUAAAAAAUGCAGUAAAGGAAAGCCCUUUUUUGGCGGUGACAGGAUUGGGUAUCUUGAUGUUGCAUUUGGGUGCUUUUUGGGAUGGCUUAGUGUGAUAGAGAAUGAGUAUGAAAGGAAAGUGUUGGUUGAAGAAAAGGCUCCUUAUUUGGUGAAAUGGGCUGAGAGAUUUGUUGCUGACCCUGCUGUCGCCGGGCUUAUACCCGAGACUGAGAGACUUGUAAAGCUUUCCAAAGCUCUUCAGAUCAAAUGGAGAGCUGCUAUUGGUAAGAAAUAGAAUGGAAAUGCUUGUCCAAAUAAUGUUGUUGUAUGAUGAUGAACUUGUUGAAUAUAAUAAAGUGUGUUAUCAAGUUCAUUAUUUACUGCAACAAAUCUUGAUCUCUACAGAACUGUAGGUUUCUCUUAUGGUAAUUGGGGCGACUUUGAGUCUAUAUGUCUUGUGUUUCUUCCCCUUCACUUUUAAGUUUCAUGAUUUUAUGACAUCUCUGACUAGUAUAUGGGAUCAUAAGCCAGUAUUGACAAUAGGAAAAGAGAGAACAUUUUCACGUCAUUGCUGCAAACUUUUGUGCUCCAAAGUAUUAAAUUGUUUAAUGAUUAAUAUUUUCAAUGCAAGUGUUAGGAGUUUUACAAAUAAAAAUAGUCCAUGUGAUAUUUAAGCUACGAGGCUCUUCCACCUAGUCCUAACAGUAAUGAUACGAGCAGCAUCUUCCUUUCCAAGAGGAGAGAAGCUGACAAUUGACAUAAAAUUAAGCAAUAUGAGUUUGAGCAGUGAGUUAACAUACAGCAGCAUAUUCAGUCACAGUAUGGAGAUAUUUAUCAUCGAAAUCCAAUUCUU